UCGAGAGAAAAGCAAGUCUUCAAAAGUUCUUUAGCUGCUCUCACUAUCAAGUCGUAAUCGUCUCUCUCGUUUCUAUUCUUGCUUUUCGCGCUCUUUCUCUCACUCUCUCUCUCUGUAUGCGACUUUCCGUUUCUUCAGAUCCGCCGACUCUUUCUUUUUGUGGAAUUUUUUUGGUAGGACUUCUACACUCAAAUACACUCUGUAGCAAUCGAUUUCGUAAACCCUAGAUUUGAAUCUGCAAAAUCCAUGGCGUCUUCACCUGGUAAUACUAACCCUCACAAUCCUCCUCCGUUCGAUCUCAAGAAUAUCUUAAAACCGUCAUCGAAUCCUUAUCCAUCGCCGCCGGCAUCUUACCCUCCGCCUACAGGCCCUUUUCUUCAGAACCAGUACAAUCAGCAGCUCUAUGUUCCGCCGAGUAUUGCCGUCCAACCAUCUCCGGUGACUCAGACGAAAUAUCAGCAACCGGAGAUGCCUUCCACUUCCUCCGCAACUAACUUGCAACCACAGAGAACACUAUCUCAUCCCACGCAACCUCUAAAUCUCCAAUCGCCCCGUUCCAAUCACAAUCCUGGACCGCAGAUCCUCGCUCUCCUCAACAAUAACAACGGCGGAGGCGCCAUGGCCAACCAAGAGCCGUCGCAUCAGCUCCCUGUAGUGAAUCCGCACGAGAUCGCUCGGUCAUUUCCUUCAGGUCCUAUUCGUGUCCCGAGCUGUAAGCUGCCCAAGGGAAGGCGAUUGGUUGGUGAACACGCUGUUUAUGAUGUUGACGUGAGAUUACAUGGAGAGAUUCAGCCUCAGCUGGAGGUGACUCCGAUUACCAAAUACGGGUCGGAUCCUCAGCUCGUCUUGGGUCGGCAAAUCGCCGUGAAUAAGGUCUACAUAUGCUACGGAUUGAAAGGAGGAAACAUUCGGGUUCUCAAUAUAAACACAGCAUUGAGGUCUUUGUUCAAAGGCCACUCUCAGAGAGUGACGGACAUGGCUUUCUUUGCCGAUGAUGUUCAUCUUUUGGCUAGUGUAAGUCUAGAUGGGAAAGUAUUCGUGUGGCAAAUUUCGGAAGGGUCUGAGGGAGAUGAUCAGCCCCAAAUUACUGGAAAGAUAGUUGUUGCUCUUGAGAUAUUAGGAGAGGAAGAAAUCAAACAUCCACGUAUUUGUUGGCACUCCCACAAACAGGAAAUUUUGGUGGUUUCAAUUGGUAAACAUGUGCUGCGAAUUGAUACUACCAAAGUUGGCAGAGGUGAAGUAUUCUCUGCCGAAGCACCUCUCCAGUGUCCCCUUGAUAAACUGAUUGAUGGUGUCCAGAUUGUGGGGAAACAUGAUGGAGAAGUUACCGAUUUGUCAAUGUGCCAAUGGAUGACCACGCGCCUGGUUUCUUCUUCAGUUGAUGGCACGGUUAAGAUAUGGCAAGAUUGUAAAGCUCAACCAGUGGCAGUUUUGAGACCUCAUGAUGGCAACCCGGUCAAUUCUGCCACAUUUGUUACAUCACCUGAGAGACCUGAUCACAUCAUACUUAUCACGGGGGGUCCUCUAAAUCGAGAAAUGAAAAUCUGGGUCUCAGCUGGGGAAGAAGGGUGGCUCCUAGCAGCUGAUGCUGAGACAUGGAAGUGUACCCAGACACUAGACUUGAAAAGUUCAACUGAGCCACGAGCUGAAGAGGCCUUUUUUAACCAAGUAAUAGCAUUGUCUGAAGCAGGCCUCCUUUUAAUUGCAAAUGCGAAAAGGAACGCCAUAUAUGCUGUGCAUUUGGACUAUGGUUCUUGUCCAGCUGAUACACGGAUGGAUUACGUAUCCGAGUUUACAGUCACUAUGCCUAUAUUGAGUUUAAUAGGGACAAAUGACCCUCCAGAAGAACCCAUUGUUAAGGUUUAUUGUGUUCAGACUCUAGCAAUCCAGCAAUAUACAUUGGACCUAUGCUUGUGCUUGCCACCUCCUAUAGAGAAUGUGGGUUUAGAGAAGUCAGAAUCAUGUGAACUGAAGCCUACAGAAUUACUUUCGGUUGAUUCAGUGCCUAAACCAAAUAUUCUAGUGAAUAGAUCUGAAACUGCUUACACGUCGAGUUUUCCAGCGGCAUCUGCAUUAGGAGAGGCCACAUCACCAGCAAUUGUUUCAUCCAACCGUGAUCAUAAAACUUCUAGGCUGCCAUCUGAGACUAGUGAUGCAGGUUCUGCGUACGCUCAUGCACCCCAGCUUCCUCUAAGUCCGAGACUAUCAAGUAAACUUUCUGGCUAUCACACUCCUGUUGAUGCUAUUGAUCAAGUAUUACCUCGUCAUGAGCUCGGUGGCAAAGCACCUUCUGCUGAUUAUACUGUUGAUAGGCAAAUUGAUGCUGUUGGAGAAAGAAAUUUGGAUGUGUCUCCUGUUUUAGAAAGCUCAAGAAGCAAGGACAAGAAUGUUACAGCUGAUGAUGAUGUUUCUGGGAUUCGAAGCCCGACAGCUUUUUUCACACACCCCAUUCAUCUUGUAACUCCUGCACAGUUAUUUAUGGGUGCUUCAUCCACUGAGGCCUCCAUUAGUACUGAAGAGAAGAGAGAAAAAGAUGCAAUUAUUCAGGAUGUUAAAAACGAUGCAAGAGGCACUGAAGUUGAGGUGAAAGAAGUGGGUGAAGCGUCGACACAGAAUGGUGAAAUUUACAAUCUUGAAGAAACUGGGAAUCACACUUCAGAAAGUAGAGAUAAAAAGUUUUGCUCACAGGUUUCGAAUCUCAGCAUUGAGAUGGCAAGAGACCAUCAUCCUAUUGCAGAGGAAACUUUCAUUCCAGAGAACUCUAUGGCUUAUGGACUAUCUUUACAAGCUGGGGAUGAAAGUGGCCUUGACUCAAGAGUUGUGUCUGCAAAGCUUCCCGAGUCGGUUUCAUCUAGUGGGCUUCCACAGUCGGCAGCUCCAAACAGCAAAGGGAAGAAACAGAAGGCCAAAAGUUCACAGGGUCCCGGUUUGUCUUCUACAUCCUCAAAUGUUGCCAAUCUGGCUGACUCCUACAGUGAGCAAAGCCGGAGCUUAAGUCAUCCCAUGACAGAUUCACAUCCUCAAAUCUUAGCUGUGCAAGAAACAUUGAAUCAGAUAAUGGUUUCGCAGAAGGAGAUGCAGCGACAACUAUCAAAUGCUGUCAAUGGCCCUAUCAAUAAAGAAGGUAAAAGGAUAGAAGUGGCUCUAGGUAGAAUGAUUGAGAGAUUCAGCAAGUCGAAUGUUGAUGCUCUAUCGGCUCGUUUACAAGAGGAGACUGCUAAAAAUGAAAAGGCAUUGCAUGACCAUGCCCAGGAAAUCGUGAAUGCAGUGACAAACUUCAUGAGCAAGGAAUUAAAUGCCAUGUUUGAGAAAACGAUUAAGAAGGAAUAUGCUGCAAUUGGUCCAGCCAUAGCACGUGCAGUAACACCAGCUAUUGAAAAAACUGUAUCUUCUGCAAUCACAGAGUCCUUCCAGAGAGGAAUUGGUGACAAAGCAGUUAAUCAGCUUGAAAAAUCGGUUAAUUCAAAACUUGAAACAACGAUAAACAGGCAAAUUCAAGUCCAAUUUCAGACCUCUGGCAGGCAAGCCCUCCAGGAUGCUCUUAGGUCGAGUCUGGAGUCCUCAGUCAUACCUUCGUUUGAGAGGUCAUGCAAGACCAUGUUUGAUCAAAUGGACUCCGCCUUUCAGAAAGGUAUUGCUGAGCACACAAGCGCAGCCCAGCAACAGUUUGACUCUGGACACUCCCAGCUUGCUCAUACUUUAAGGGAAACCAUUAAUUCUACGUCGUCAGUUGCCCAAGCCUUAAGUCGUGAAUUAGCCGAGAGUCAAAGGAACCUCUUAGCUCUUGCAGCUGCUGGAGAAAAUUCUGGUGGGUCAAACCCCUUGAUUACUCAACGAAGUAGCGGAUCUUUGGGUGGUCUUCUUGAAAAGGUUGAAGCACUUAUGGACCCAAGAGCUGAACUAUCCAGCCUGAUAUCUGAACGCAAGUAUGAAGAAUCGUUUACCUCAGCUCUACAGAGAAGCGAUGUCUCUAUAGUUUCAUGGCUCUGCUCACAGGUGGAUCUUCAUAAACUACUGGCUAUGAGUCCGCUUCCGUUGAGCCAAGGCGUGCUUCUGUCACUGCUACAACAGCUAGCUUGCGACAUCAACAAGGAUACGUCUCUUAAGCUUGGUUGGAUGACUGAUGUGGUUGCGGCCAUAAACCCAUCAGACCAGGUGAUUGCGGUCCACGCUCGACCAAUCUUUGAACAAGUCUAUCAGAUUCUGCACCACCACCGUAACGCUUCAGGCAGUGACGCCUCUGCGAUCAGACUUAUAGUGCACGUCAUCAACUCCAUGCUGAUGAGCUGCAAAUGACACAACACUCACUAUCUCUCUCUUGUUCACACAACAUAGGAGAAAACAAAAAAAAGAAAACAAUUUCUGUAUCUACUUUUUAAGAUUUUUUUGUUGUUUUUCUUUUGCCUUUCAAUUUUUUUUUUUGUUUUGUAAAUGUAAAAUCUCGCUGUUUCUACGUCUAUAUUGUUGAGAAGA